AUUAAUACAUGAUUGUUUAGCAUAAGUAUAUUUUUCAGUUUUAAAAGUAAUUGUUAUUCAUACAAUACCUUCUUUCAAUCAUAUGGAUAGAAAGAGUACAAAAAUACUCAGAAAUGAUAGGUCAACUAACUGUAUCUCAGAGGUGUCAAAGGAUGACUUAUGGGGGAAUGUGUGAAAAGCAAAUAAUACCAGCAACCAAGCCACAUCAAAUUUAGUCUGCUAUAGUACAGCGUACGUGACAAAUCAACGCAAUGAGAUACAUACUUAUAAUACUAUAUUUUACUGUGAUAACAACGGAGUCGUCGAAAUGUCCAGAAUCAAGAAAACCCCAUCCCACUAGUUGCACUGUAUUUUAUAAUUGCGUGAAUCUGCCGGAUGGCGGUUAUGUUUGGGUACCCAGUAAAUGUACAGAAGGCUUGAUAUUUGAACCACAUUUGCGAAUAUGUGUUCUACCUGGUGAUUCUUGGACGUGCGACACAUUAUCUACAGAAUCCUCUAUUGUAACAAACAGGUAUGACAGUGUACCUGAAUUAAUCAAUUCGAAUGAAACUAGUUACAUGGGAUCAACGCAAGAUCCUGUGGACUUUUCUGAGCUCAUUGACUCAUCAUAUAUUACUGAUAGCAUCCCUGAUGAACCUGACCAGGAAAUGGCAACUCCAUACCCUUUGAUUGAAGUUGAAGAAACAACAAAUGAUAAUGGUGAAACAAAUGCAGAUAAUUUUUCUGUAAUUAAUAAUUUACAGCAUGACUAUUUGCAAGCACAAAAUGAUAGCAGGAAGCAAUACUUGUUGCUGAAUCAAUUAAUACAACACUUAUUAGUAUACAAAGAGAUUACUAUUCCUUUAGAAUUUCUAACAUCAUCAUUGUCUACACCUUCAACACUUAAUACAAAAAUACCAUUGUCCAAUGAAGUAAAAUUUACGAAGGAUAACCAACAUAAUGUAUUAAUGAAUUACCUUAUACAGAAUUAUAUUCAACAGAACAAUAAUUUGCAAAAUAAUAUCAUAACUGGUACUCAAUUACAAAAUACAACAAUGAGAGAUAGCACAGUUCUAAAAGAUGCUGAUGCAAAUAAACCGAUGUUAAAUAUAGAAAAUUCUAACAAUACAUUAUCAACAACAUUUGAUAAUUUAGAGAACGAAAACAAUAUAAUCUCAAUUGUUGAUAAUGUCGGAAACAAACAAUAUUUGACCAUUGAAAGGUACAAAGCAUUAGGUUAUCCAUUAAAUUCACAAUCUGUUCAAGUUCUUCCAUGUAUAAGAAAUAUUCGCUUGCCAAAUGUAACUAACUGUCUCAGGUAUUAUGUGUGUGAACCAGAGAGACCUUCUAUAAUAGAAUAUUCGUGUCCAUUAUUCACGGCAUUUAAUGCAUAUAUAAAAAUAUGUGAUACAGAAAGUUACAGCAAAUGCAUAAGAAAAGUUAACAUAAAUAUUCCAAAUGGUGCAGAUAAUGUAUUUCAAAAAGAUGUAACAGAGGACAAUAUAUGUACAGAGCAUGGAAAAAUAAAAGAUCCAACAUCUGAAUCGCGUUACUAUAUUUGUCAUUCCGACAAAUCACAGAACAUUAAAGCAAUGCGAAUGACAUGUCCAAAUAAUUUAAUAUUUUGUCAGACUAAGAAAGUGUGUACAACAAAACGUUUUUGUAAAGGGUCGUAAUUU